AUGGUCAUCAGCAGGGCACGUCCCACGGACUCCGGCCUGUGGACCUGCGGCCCGCACUCGGCCCCUGUGCAUCUCAUCGUGCUAGAGCCCCCAAAGGCGCCUUACCUGAUGAUCGACAAGCGGCGGCUGGACCCCGGUAACCUGUUUGUGCCGGUGAAGGAGAACUCUGCCCUGAGCGUGGAGUGCCUGGUGGAGGGGGGGGCGCCGGCCCCCGGGCUGCACUGGCUGCUGGUCCCGCCCGCGGGCUCCACGGCCCCCGGCCUGGCACUCCAGACCACCCCCGCGCCCCCCAGGGGGUCCGUGUCGUCGGCCAUCGCCACCAUCCCUUCCGUGAGGAGGGCUUACCACAACUCCACCGUAGCCUGCAUCGUGACUCAUCCGACGCUGCCGGCCCCGCUCAAUGCUUCUUUACUUCUGGAUGUACAAUUUACACCAUCAUUUGCAAUAAGCAGAGUUCCUGGAUUUGGAUUUCCUUUGAGGGAAGGAAUUCCUGUUUCUCUGAAAUGUGAUGUUGAUUCCAACCCACCAUCAACUCCUGUUUGGCAAAAGGACGACGGAGUUCCUCCAGUUGAACAGUCAGGAGAUGGCUUCUUGAAUUUUACUUCUAUCAAACGAGAACAUAGUGGCUGGUACAAAUGCACUACACGUCACUUGUUAUCAACAUAUUCAUCUAUUGGAUAUUUUCUAAAUGUUCGAUAUGGGGAGGAAGCAGAUUUGGACCCUGGAGGGAGUACAGAAGCUGCAAUGGAGGUGUCCGUCGGUGGGGCUGUGCAGUUGGACUGUGGGGGUGGAGGGGCCAGAGGAUGCUGGGGUCGAGUCAGUCCCUCAGGCGACGUAUCUCCCCUCGGCCCAGGGACUCCUCUGGCUAUACACUCAGUCUUGUACCAACAAGCUGGUCACUACCGCUGCUAUGCUCCUGAAGCUGAUAGGCUCAAUGCCUGGCGAACCCAUAAUGUCCACCUGAGGGUCACAGGAGUACCAAUGGUGGUUGCUCAUAACACAAGUGUAACGGUUUCGAGUGGCGAAGACGUUACAAUUACAGCAGAAUAUUGCUGCAAUCCAGGAGCCACUCGAAUUUUAUGGCUAUUACCUACAGCAACUGUUAUUGCCCCUGGCACUUCAUUACGUUCCUUUAAAGCUAAUAAUAUUACAGAUGGAAAUUGGACCGAUUGUUAUAAAGCUUCCCUAAGUUUUAGAAAUGCUGGACGAGAACAUAUUGGAGAUUACAGCCUAUUGGUAUGGUCUGGUAGAGGAAUUGGUCAGGCAACGAUAACUGUCAAUGUUACUGGAGCAGAAAUGACCUCAAGAGGAAGUGCCAUACAGAUCAGUAUUUGGUUGAUUUGUACUCUCCUACUUUUUUCCUAACACUGGCACAGAAGUUACUUGUCACACCGAGAGUAGUUCUCACCCAACAUAAGACUGUUCUGUAACCCGUAAACUACUUGUUUUGUGCAAAUUGUAUUUUAAUGGUUAUUUUUUAAAUGAUAAAAUUUUAAAUAUAUAAAUAGUUUGGAAAACACUAUCAUUUUCAGUUGUUAUAGUUGAUCAUCUAAAUUGAUGUACCAGCAUAUAAAUAA